UCUCCGUCUCUCCUGCAAGUCCAUAAUCACAGCCAUUUUCUGUACUCGGUGCCUUCGUGUGCGCGCUCAGCGGACUUUCCAGGAGGAUGACCCGCACAAGCGGACUUUAUAGUUUCAAUAUAGGGUUUUGCCUGCCCACUUGCAAACACCCGCCCUUUUUCAAAAGCACCAUUUAAGCUCACUUGGUCCCCCUGGCCCGCUCGGAGGCUUUCCUGGCCGACCUGUUGGAUGGCGUGUUGCCAGCGGAUGAACGAGUACAAGCUGGAAGAAGACCUGACCAAGGAGAAGGCGUUUAAGAGAUUUGCCCCAAGGAAAGGAGACAAAAUAUACAAAGAAUUUAAAAAAUUCUAUUUCUAUUCUGAUGCUUACAGACCUUUGAAAUUCGCGUGCGAGGCCGUACUAGAGGAGCACGAAGACGAGAUACUCUCUCUUAUCGCCCAGGAGGCACAUCACCUCGCUGACAAGCUGUGCAGUGGAAAGGCAGAUCUCUGCAAAACCGCUGCUAAGCAGACCGAACUCUAGGGUGCCAGGCCCAUCAGGUGGUGAGGAGGAGAGCCGCGCGCACAGGUCAACAUCCACGUUCAUAUCUGUAUGUUUUCUUCACGGAAAGAAAGUCUGCAUCUCUCAUUUAUACCGUGUCAUCUCAUGUAUGACAUUUUUUGGGAAAAUCUGUUGUUUGGCAUCACAACAAACCUGGUUCUUCCUGGUUCUUUCUAUAGGGGAGGUGAGGAGGGCAUAAAACAAAUUACCUUUCUGGAUUUUGGUACAGAGUUGGGGGUAAAGCAUUUAAUUUGAUAAUAGGAAAAAAGCGAAGCCAUUUCAUAAUGAAAUAAGGAUCUGAUAAUGCAUUUGUUUAUUUGGUGCACGUCUACAAGGAUCCUGUUCUCUUUGAUAAGAACUUGAUUUGAUUUCUUAAAUACUUGAUCGGUCAGGAAAUUAAGAAAAUAUAUUGCUACAAAUUCCAGAUUAUGUCUUCUUGGAUCUAUAUGGUGAUCAGUAAAGAAACAAGGCUAUUUUAUAUCAGGAAUGAAAAUCAAAUUUCCAGCUUUAAACCCUAAGUUUAAAAACUUUUUAAUCUCUAAAAUGUAAUUGAAUGUGUAAAAAAUAAUGAAUAUUUUUACAGCGAGCAGGACGGUGGUCUUUCUCAUGCAUACCUUCUGAAUUCAGAUGAUUCAGAAAGUUGAUUUAUGAUUACACUGUGCAUUCUUCAAAGAUGAUACCAAUGACCAUGUUUUGUUUUGCUGCAAACUCUAUCGCGCGUGUGUGUUUUAAAAGACUUUCGGCUAACAGUCAGCAUGUGUAUCUUCCUACUAACUAACCUGUUAUUCUCCCGACUUGGGUGUUUUGGUAGGUGAGGAGGUGGAGGGGAGGGGAGACCUUACGAGAAAUCAGCCAUUGAUCACACUUUGUGCAGAACCUAGUAAACAUAUUGCUCUUGGGUAUCUCACUGUCUCUCUUAAAUUUA